CACAGCAACCCAAAUGCAAGGCACACACCAGUUUUAAUAUCUGCCACUUAUUUGGUGACGGCGCGUUCACAUCGACUAUGGCAGCGACAGCUAGGAUUCGUCCGUAUAAGGACUUUCUUACGCCCGCCCUCCAUAGACGCUUCACCAGAGCAGCUGCCACAUUACUGGCAGUAUGCUACGCAGAAUCACUCCUUCUGGGCGAAUGGAACUCAUUUCUAUGGUCCUGGUUCCCUCUCGGACGAGCUGGUUUCCGAACAGGACUUCUUUUCAUCAGCGCAUUCUCCAUCUUCGUCUUACGAGUCGCACAGCUACACGUUGGCCAAAGGACAUCAAACUCAGGAAUAGCGACAUUUAGAGAAUACGCUUUCAGGUACCAGACCAUACAGACGACGGGAUGGUACCUAUUCUCGGCCUGGAUCUUCAGCGAAGUAUUCAUUUACUCCGCACCGAGAAGCGCCAGCAUCGUGUGGAUCACCGAGGGGAAAAACAAUGAACGGUCGCGGCUGAAUGAAAGGCCAAUAUAUAUUAUGGCCUUCUUCCUCGUUCUCGCCGUUGUGCAAUCCGCAAUCCACCUUGCAUACGAUUACGAUCGCGUGGACUUGCCUGCUAUAAAGACUGCAAAGAAAGACAAUGCAGCUAAGCCGGAACAGGGCUCGACCGAAUCCGUUGCCCCAUCCACGAAGAUUCGAGAUUCGUUGCCGGGAAUAGUGGCCAAGUCCUUCGGUCGUGUCCUAAUUAUGACGAUUCUGAUGCCGUUCGUAUACUCAAUAUUUAUCAGGCACACCGCUUGGAAAUACACCCUUGGCUUCGCAAAGAUUUUCUGGAAUCUACCAAAGACAACGUCCCUUCCAACUGUCAGCCCUUUCCACUGGACAGUCUUGGGAAGGACAUUAUAUGGCGGAGUGCUGCUUGUACUGCUGUGGGAGAUAGGAAACAGGGUGUUUUCAACCUAUGUGGCUGAGGGUCCGCUCAAGAAUGAGAGGCCUAUCACAUACGAGUCAAAAGAUCCUAAUGGAAGUCUCCUGACUGGCCUAAAGGGAAAGAAGCUGCAAACCAGGGCAUUUGCAUUCUGGGAGCUCGUAUUAAUCGCCGAGCGUUAUCAAGGACGAAGAAAGGUCAUAUUUGAAGAUAUCGACCGAAAAGGGGGAUCGACAUGGUCACAGAUACUGACAGCAUGUACCGAGACCAUAACGUCGAUGGACACGCGUGUGGAGACACUCGAUCCAGCAUCAGCCCCCACGGAACACAUCGAUAUCAAACCCAGCCGGACUCCUCAGAUCGUGAGUAUGCUCAAUGGUAGCGACAAACCUGCGAAGCCGGAAGAGCCAAUCCCGACGUUGCCCAGACUCACGGGCGACAUUCAAAAAGAGAACAUCUGGAAUGCCCCGCCGCAGCCAAAGACUACAGCAGAGCGUAUCGCGAAAAGCUCGGCUGCCUUGGCCUCAGAAUACGGCAACACCCCCACAUCACCUAUUAGUGUCGAUGGCCGCAGGCUGCUUACACAGGCCACAUCCAAGGUCUUAACACCCGAGCAGCAACAGGCCCUUACCCCACAAGGCAUCUGGGUCGCCUUGUCACCAUACGUGACGCAGUUCCUACAGAGCCCCUUGGGCUGGCCGUUCCGUCAAGAGUUCAGGCGCCGCAUCGCGGCUGUAGUGCUUGGGCAACCCUACGGUGAUGCGGGUAUCAUUCUGGAUUCGAUAGAAGCCUUGAAUCUCUUCGCCGUCGCCAGCUUGAAGGAGGAUAUUUACGGAAACGUCCAGAAGGAUGUCCCUGAUAUCAUCAGGAUGCUCACGAAGAGCCUUGUGUCGCUGGAGGCAAUGAGGAAGAGCUUUGGCGUCCACUGGACGGAUGUUUCGGGGGAUAUCGAGAGCCCGGAGGUGGAUCUCGUUGUGGGAGGGCUGAGGGGGGCGCUACAGGACAUUAUUGGGGCAUUUGGGGAGUAUUUUGAUGAUAUGAAGAUGAAUAGAGCGGAUGUGCGGGCCGCGAAGGAGGCUGCAAAGGCGCCAGAGCCACAGAGGCCGGCGGAGAUGCAAGAGGCGAGGAAAAGGAAGUAAAGCGGAAACGGAAAUCAUGAAACAUGUAUAACAUGGCUUGUAUGCUAAACGGAGGAUACCACCAAUAACUUGGCCCUACAUAAUAGCUCUUAUGGUAUGAAAAGCAAUUGCUGUCA